AUGGCCUUUCCAGGGAGUUUAAUUCUCCUGCUUGUCGGCUUUGUGUGCCUGUGCGGUGUGGUCCUGGCAGGCGAGACUAGCUUCGAUGAUGUCAACAGUCUACCACCAGACGAGAAGCGGCGCAUCAUCCGGGAACUAUUGCGAGCGCAAAAAGACAUCCGAGGUGCACUGCUGAAAAUCCAGUAUAGCCUGAACGGAGAGGUCUUCGAAGGAGACGAUAAUGAUGAGCUGUACUCGCAGGGCUGUUGGGAUAAGAACCUGGCCGGCUUCCGAAAAUCAUUCCGCGGGACAGUGACUUCGCUAACGGAUGGUAUGAAACGUGCGCACCAGAUGUUGGAUGAGAUGAACGAGCGGAUUAGGCCCGGAUACCCGCCCAAACCUGGCCCAGGAGGAGAGUACGGUCCUCCAGCUCCGCCAUCGUACGGACCUUCGGAAAGCGGGCCACCACCUCCAUCAUAUGGACCCGCCGAAAGUGGACCUCCAUCCUACGGACCUCCUCCAAACGGUCCUCCAUCUUACGGUCCUCCUCCAGGUGGUCCCCCAUCGUACGGACCUCCUGAUAGUGGCCCACCAUCUUACGGACCUCCUCCUCCUCCUGGUCCUCCUAAACCAGAAUACGAGACAAGCUCGGAAUCAUACGUCUCCCCGGACGAUGAUGACGAUGACUACGACUAUGUGAGGCGUCGUCCUUUUAGCAAUCGCCGGUAUGCGAGAGAGCUAGAGGGUGAUGAACAGACGAUCUCAGUCGCGCCUGAGAGAGAAGGAAAAGCGAGCAACUGGAACGAUGAACCGGAAGAAGACGUGCAAUUAGAGGAGGCACUAGGACAAUUGGCCGAUGAUGAACAAUAG